UAAAUAGCUUUCUAAAGAGUACGGAUACACAAGAUAAAGCCAAAGGCUCUGUGAUUCUGCAAAAUCUUUCUUCACCUGCCAAUUUCUAACAAUCUAUCUUUCUUCUUUUCAAAUGGAAGACCCCAUUUUAUUCAAUCUUGUUACUCAUAUCAUGCUUUUGUUUUGGCUCCGUCAAUGGCUUUUUCACCAGCCGAAGAUCACAUCGUUGCUUCAGGUAUUGGGUUUUAUAUAUACAAUAUCAAGGCGGUGGACGAACAACAAAAAAGGGGGCGGUGGACGAAAACAAUAAGGGCCAAGUUAAAGCGCAAGCAUUGUGACAAAUCGAUAAAGCAAAAUUGAGAAAUAUGGAGAUUGAACAGGAAACCAAGGAAGGAGGAGAGAGUUCUAAGGAGGAAGAAGUUGGCAAGUCUGAUGCAUUGACUACAUCCUCCUCUAAUUUGUUUAAUAUACCUGAAGAUAUGUUGAACAAGAUCUUGUCGAAGAUGCCAUUUAUCAGCAUCUUGAACUUCAGGGAUGUGUGCCCUUCUUCGCGAACUGUUCUGAGAUCUUUUAUCUCGUCAUCAUCUUAUAGUCAGGUUCAUCUAGCACCGUGGAUGUUGCUUCCUGGAAAAUUAGAAGAUAAAGAGAGUAUCCGCUUCUGUACUUAUGAAGAUGAAAUGGUGUUUAAGCGCACUAAUGCACCCCCUGAAUUUUAUGAUGAUUUAUGUUUGGGAACCUCUUACGGCUGGAUGGUGAUGUUGGAUAAAGAUAUAGAACCUUAUCUCUUCAACCUCUUUUCACUUAAAAAAAUUAAACUGCCAAAUAUUGAUACCUUCCUGAAUAUUGUGUGCGUUACUGGACCAAUAAUUGAGAAUGGCAAUUAUAUUUUCUACUAUGAAGGUCGUCGUACACACCUUAAGAAAAUUAGGUCUGUGCAUCAAUUGUGGCAUGAAUUUAUGUAUAAAGCUGUAGUUUCAGCUAAGCCUUCUCACAACAAUGGGGACUUCUAUGUGUUGGUGAUAAUUGAACGCGGCAACUCUGGAACAGCACAACUUGCCUUUUGCUAUGCCGGUGAUGAUGAAUGGAUGCAGCUAGGUGGCUAUAAUGAAUCCUAUUGUGAUGUUGUAUGCCAUGACAAUAUGUUCUAUGCUUUGAACUAUCCAGACAAGGUUGAGAUUUGGGAUGUCCAUAAUUCUCAUCCUACUAAAAGAACGAAUAUUGUGGCAGCCUUUCCUCAGAAAAUUUUUGAUACCAAGUCUUCUUUGAGAAAUUUUAAUACAUUCCGCAAUUACUUGGUGGAAGUGUCCACAGAUCUGUUCCUUGUUGUGAGGUUUAUUGGGGGGGUCCUCUAUAACUGUGGAUUAUAUGCACUGGAACUGAAGCAUGAGACGCUUUUUUUCCAGGUGUAUAAGCUUGACACUAGUAAAAAAAGGUGGGAGGAGGUAGAAUCAUUAGGGGAUCUGGCAUAUUUUGUAGGUGCAAAUCAAUCGAAGUCUCUUUCGGUCCAUGGGAAUUCAGCAUACAAAGCAAAUUCAAUUUACUUCACUGAUGAUUCUUGGGAUAUGAUUUAUUGGAAUAAAAAGCAUUUUGAUGUCGGAGUCUAUCACAUGGAAGAUAAAAGUAUCGAGAGAAAGAUUCUGUUUACUUCGUACAGUGAACCACCGCCCUUUUGGAUUGACCCUGAAUCUUUAAUAGAUUAAUAAUACAGAGCAGGUCCGGGAAAAAAUUGAGGAGUCUCACUGUGAUGAUAAUGCAAGCAGUUAUGCCAUCAUGAAUGCAGCUAUCUACUGCGGUAUUAUAGAGUUGGUCAAUGGCUAGAUGCUUUAUAUCUUUAAUGAUCACUUUGGAUAAUGUUACUCUACAAAAACUUGUUUCGGGAUUUUCUUUUGGUUGUACAACUGCUUUAACUUGUUGAAGUCUGGAGGAUUCCGUUUGUCUAUGUUUUUCUUACAGAAUGUUGGCAUAAUAAAUAAAUUCUGGAUUUGUGUGUU